AUGGUAACCCAAUCGCCCCUUGCCCCCUUGUCCAACCCUUCUGUACUCAAAGAACUCAUCUGGACCGACCCUCACGACCUCUCCCGGGAAAUGCUCAACCCUAUCAUGCACGACCUCCAUCUCAGCCCUCCAUUAUCCAUCCCCCCAGUCGACUCAUGCCCAUCCCUCGGCCACUUUGCCAAAGUGCCGCGCGAAAUCCCGGAUAAAAUUCUCUCAUCCCUGGAUUUGCAGAGUCUAUGGUCUUUUGCGCGCGCCUCAAGAGGGGCGUAUCAGAUAGUCAAUGGGCAUUACCAGUAUAGAGAGUUGAGGAGGCACGCGGCGUAUGUAAUUGCCGCGUUGUUUAGGACCCGGCUGGCGAGGGAGCAUUCGAUUGCGAGAUUGUAUGCGGCGUUGAAGGGGACAGAGUGCGCGACGUGCAAGCAUUUUGGGGCGUAUCUUUGGUUGCUGUCGGCAGAGAGGGCCUGUUAUCAAUGCAUGCUGGAAAAGCCGGCGUAUUCUUUCGUCUUGCCGAGCUCUGUUGCGGGGGCGAACUUGUGCUGGAGGGAUAAAAAGGAUAGGGAGAAAUUGAGAAUGUUUUAUCCCGUGCCGGGAGAGUACGGCCCUUCAAAAGAGAGGAGGAUUAAGGAGGGAACGGCGCUGAUCAGCGCAGCGGAGGCGUUUGUGUUGAGCAAAAAGCUGGGAGAGCCCGGUGGGAGGUGGUUUGAGCCGGGCAGGAUGGUCCAGGAGAUAGAGGACAAGAUGUGGGAAUCGAUACUGGCGGAGAGUUGGUAUUUCCGGACGCGGGGGUUGGAGCCGUUCGCAUUGUUCGCGGUGCCGUUCCCUUCUCUCAAUAGCGACGGCACACCGAGGGAAGUUGGGUGGUGUGUGGGAUGUAAUAUCCUUUAUUCAUGGCACUACGGGAAGGGGAAGGAGUAUGAGAGGUAUUUGCUGGAUGAUUUGGAGCCGCAGGAGAGAGAGAGAAUAGAGCAGGGGGAUACGAUCUCGUUCAUGAUGCAUGCAGACACACAGAUCUCGGCUGUAAAGGUCGUGAAAGGGUAUGGGGAGGCUGCCAGACGGGCUUGGCUGAGGGAAGAACUGGUAAAGAGGCAUUUGGGAGAGUGUGAUGGGGCGAAGUUGGUGAGGACGAGGAUCCAAAAGGGGAAGUGGGAGGGAAGGCCGUGGUGGGUUGUCGUGCCGUUCGGGGGGUUUUAG